CACCUCGGCCGCAACUCACUUCCGCGUUCCCCUUCCUCUCGACUCGGUUCGAACCGGUUUGGGGCCCUCUUCGCAUGGCCGCUUCCAAACCCUAACCCGCAGAUCCUUUGCUCCCCUAAACCCUUCCCCCAAUCCCCCUUCUCCUCCGCCCCGCGGUGCUCGCCGGUGCGGGCACCGCCCUCCGCUGCUCUGCCCGGCGGGACGCUCGGCGUCUCGACCCCCGCCUCAGCCGUCGCGCGUGAGGUGCAUGUCUCAACUCGAUCUGAAGGAUAUAUGUAGUGGAUGUUGAAUGACAUUCUCUAUGGAUUUGAACGCAUCACCAUUGCCUGAAGAAGAGGAUGAGCAGCCUUAUGAAGAACCACCUGGUGAGGCUGAUUAUGCGCAUGAGGAGGAACAUGUUGAGUCUGCUGUUGCAACAUUGCGAAGGGAGCGUGAAGAGAGGCGGAGGAAAUUGAAGAGAGAGCACCAGGAUGAAGGCUCAAUGCAACACCCUCAGCAGAUAAGGAAUGAUUAUGCACCUCCAAUCAAAGUUGGUAGAGGCCGGAUUAAAGAGGCACCUGAGGGUUGGUUGGAUUGUCCUGCAUUUGGUGAGCCAAUAGAUAAAAUCAUACCCUCCAAAGUUCCUCUUGAUGAAACAUUCAAUGAAUCAGUUCCUCCUGGCAAAAGAUAUUCUUCCAAACAAGUAGUAAACAAGCAAAGAAAAGCUGGCCGUGAAAUAGGGCUGGUGAUUGAUCUGACUAAUACUUCUCGAUAUUACUCACCAGCAGAGUGGACAAAGCAAGGUACUAAGCAUCUCAAGAUUCCUUGCAAGGGAAGAGAUGCUGUACCAGAUAAUGAAUCUGUUAACGCAUUUGUCUAUGAGGUGAUGAUGUAUCUUGAACGACAAAAGCAUACCAAGACUCCCAAGUAUAUUCUAGUUCACUGUACCCAUGGUCAUAAUCGUACAGGUUUCAUGAUUAUUCAUUACCUCAUGCGUACACGCAUCUCUUGUGUUGCUGAGGCAAUACGUAUUUUUGCUCAAAGGCGACCUCCUGGUAUAUAUAAGAGGGACUACAUUGAAGCAUUGUAUUCAUUUUAUCACGAGGUUCCUGAGAAUAUAAUUGUAACAUGCCCUUCAACACCAGAAUGGAAGAGGCCUUCUGAUCUUGAUCUAAAUGGUGAAGCUAAGCCAGAUGAUGAUGAUGACAACGGUGAUGUUUCACCAGUACAUAAUGAUGUAGAGGAGAAAGUCAUCACCAAUGAUGAUGUGCUGGGAGACGAUGUACCUUUUGAUCAGCAAGAGGCUCUGCGGAUCGUAUGCUAUCGUUUGCUUGAACUUCCCCCUGCGAGAGGGCAUGCACAAUUUCCAGGAUCACACCCAGUCUCUCUUGACAGUGAUAAUCUGCAGCUACUUAGACAGCGAUACUAUUAUGCUACUUGGAAAGCUGACGGAACCCGAUAUAUGAUGCUUAUAAUGAGGGAUGGUUGUUUCUUGAUUGAUCGGAAUUUUUGCUUUAGGAGAGUUCAGAUGCGCUUUCCCCAUAGGAACCUGAAUGAAGGUCCACAUGAUAUGACAUUGAUUGACGGGGAAAUGAUUAUAGAUACAGUACCUGAUUCAGGAUUGAAGAGGAGGUACUUAGCGUAUGAUCUGAUGGCACUUGAUUCAGUGUCCAAGACAAAGUUGCCUUUCUCUGAGAGGUGGAGAUUAAUUGAAGAUGAAAUAAUCCGGCCACGCCAUAACGAGAGAAAAAUGUUUGAGAGUGGUGCUAAGAGCAAUCCAAUGUACAAAUAUGAUAUGGAGCUAUUUUCGGCCCGGAGAAAGGAUUUCUGGCUUCUGCAUACAGCAAAAAGGGUACUGAAGGAGUUUAUCCCAUCACUUUGCCAUGAUGCUGAUGGCCUGAUAUUUCAGGGCUGGGAUGAUCCUUAUGUAACUCGCACCCAUGAAGGUCUUCUUAAGUGGAAAUACCCUGAAAUGAAUUCAGUUGACUUUUUGUUUGAGGUUGGCAAUGAUAAUCGCCAGCUCGUUUUUCUUUACGAGAGAGGCAAAAAGAAACUCAUGGAUGGUUCUUGGAUGGUAUUUCCAAAUGGAGAAGAUCCAUCAUCUAUCUCUGGGAGGAUUGUUGAGUGCUCUUGGAAUAAGGAACAACAGUGUUGGGUCUGCAUGCGCGUUAGAUUCGAUAAAUCGACUCCUAAUGAUAUCAACACAUAUCGCAAGGUAAUGAGGAGCAUCACAGACAAUAUAACCGAAGACAAGCUUCUAGAAGAGAUCACUGAGAUAAUUUCCCUCCCGAUGUAUGCUGAUAGGAAGAAGGCUGAUGAAAGGAUGGCCCAUGCAAAGAUGGCACAACAUCGGCGGAGAGGGCAGAUGCCACCACAGUAGUGUUAGCCUUGUUGGAGUAGUGCUAGAGCGCCGCUGCCCCGUCUCUCUGGGCUGGGCGUCGGCUGGUUCCAUUAGCUUGUGUAAUUAGUAGAGGUUUAGGGCCGUAUGUUGAUGGCCGGCCAGCCGACUAAUUCUUUGCACUUGUUGUGUGCCCACCGCCUGUAUAUAGUUGUCGCAGCAGAGUAGUCCUGUAAAUCUUGUAUCAUGUUUCUGGAUUCUCUCCUAUGGUUUAGUUUCAUGGGUGUAGUAUAGUUAGUCUUUUAACAAGAGAGGGAGCGUGUUCAAGUCUUGUCUUGUAGUAUUGCCAAAAGUGUCCUAAUGCCGAGGGUGCAUUGAGCUCGGGAAUGCCUCUUAUUAUCCUAUGUUAGGAUUAAUUAAUGAUUGUUAAUUAAGGGACAAUCCCUGCUUUUA